GCUAAAUAAAUCCCUAGCCCUGUACUAAACUCUUUAUUAAGAAUCCUCUUAAAUUUUUCCUGCAGAUAGUGCCCACCCCCGUGGUUGGACACUUAGGCCACCAUCACACCUCCACUUACGACACAGUGCACACCUGUCGCUCCCUCCGCCAGUCUAGAGUGUGGUGGUCGCUGGUCUGGGGAUCACCUCCCUAGGCGCCUGCCUGGGCCUGAGUCCACCUCCCCUCGUUCCGCCCGCACCGUCCUCCCCAGCCGUGCAGCCAGACCUUUGCCCCGGGCCUGGCGAUCCGAGCUCCAGCCGCUCCCGGACCCGCCCCUUGCCCGGGAGAGCGCGGGGGUGAGGCUGCGGGACAGACGGACCGACAGACUCCGCUGGAACCGACAGCGGGGCGCCGAUGGCCGCGCCGGGCGAACCCUGCACCGGGCCCGGGGUGUGGAACCAAACGGAGCCGGAGCCUGCUGCCUCCCACCUGCUGAGCCUGUGCUUCCUGAAGGCAGCAGGGGUCUGGGUGCCCCCUCUGUACCUCUGGGUCCUCGGCCCCUUCUACCUUCUCUACAUCCACCGGCAUGGCCGGGGCUACCUCCGGAUGUCCCCCCUCUUCAAAGCCAAAAUGGUCCUUGGGUUUGCCCUCAUCCUCCUGUGCACCUUCAAUGUGGCUGUGCCUCUGUGGAGAAUCCAGCAGGGGAAGCCCCAGGCCCCGGAAGUCCUCAUUCGUCCUGCAGUGUGGCUCACCACCAUGACCUUUGCCAUGUUCCUGGUCCACGUGGAGAGGAAGAAGGGCGUCCAGGCAUCCGGGGUGCAGUUUGGGUACUGGCUGCUCUGCUGUCUCUUGCCAGCUACCAGCACUGCCCAGCAGGCCUCAAGUGGGGACUUCCUGAGUGACCCCCUACGCCACCUGUCCACUUACCUGUGUUUGUCUCUGGUCAUGGCUGAGUUUGUGCUGUCCUGCCUGGUGGAUCAGCCCCCCUUCUUCCAAAAAGACUCCCAGCAGGCUAAUCCAUGCCCCGAGGCUGGGGUCUCCUUCCCCUCCAGGGCUGCGUUUUGGUGGGCUUCUGGGCUACUCUGGAGGGGCUACAGGAAGCCACUGAGACCAAAAGACCUCUGGUCCCUUGAGCCAGAAAACUCCACAGAGGAACUCGUUUCCCAGCUGGAAAGGGAAUGGAUGAGGAACCGCGGUGUGGCCCAGGGGUGCGCCACCGCGGAGUUAAAAGGCCCUAAUCGCGGGAGCGGGAGCCGGGCGGCCCCGGAGCUGCAGGCCCUCGUGCCCCGGGGAGGGCGCCCGCGGGGCCCGCUGCUCAGGGCCCUGUGGAGCGUGUUCUGCGGCUCCUUCCUCCUGGGCACGCUCAGCCUCCUGGUCGCCGACGCCUUCCGGUUCGCGGUCCCCAAGCUUCUCAGCCUGUUCCUGGAGUUCAUGGGCACCCCCCAGAGCCCCGCCUGGCAGGGCUCGCUGCUGGCCGUGCUGAUGCUGCUCUCGGCCGGCCUGCAGACGCUGUUCGAACAGCAGCACAUGUACCGGCUCAAGGCGCUGCAGAUGCGACUGCGCACGGCCCUGGCGGGGCUGGUGUGCAGGAAGGUCCUGGUUCUGUCCCGCGGCGCCAAGAAAGCCGGCGCGGUGGGCGACGUGGUCAACCUGCUCUCCGUGGACGUGCAGCGGCUCAGUGAGAGCGUCCUCUACCUCAACGGGCUCUGGCUGCCGCUGCUCUGGAUCACGGUUUGCUUCGUCUACCUGUGGCAGCUCCUGGGGCCUUCUGCCCUCACCGCCGUCGCUGUCUUCCUGGGCCUUCUUCCUCUGAAUUUCUUCAUCUCCAAGAAGAGGAGCCACCAUCAGGAGGGGCAGAUGAGGCGGAAGGACUCCCGCGCGCGCCUCACCAGCGCCGUCCUGCGGGCCAUGAGGACCGUCAAGUCCCAGGGCUGGGAGGCCGCCUUCCUGGACAGGGUCCUGCGCAUCCGCGGCCGGGAGCUGGGCGCCUUGAGGACCUCCAGCCUCCUCUUCUCCGUGUCCCUGGUGUCCUUCCAGGUGUCCACGUCUCUGGCGGCGCUGGUCGUGUUUGCCGUCCACACCCUGGUGGCUGAGGAGAACGCGAUGGAUGCGGAGAAAGCCUUCGUGACGCUCGCGGUGCUGGGGAUCCUCAACAAGGCCCAGGCUUUCCUGCCCUUCUGCGCCCACUGCCUCGUCCAGGCCCGGGUGUCCUUUGACCGCUUGGCCGCCUUCCUGUACCUGGAGGAAGUUGACCCUGGCGCCGUGGACUCGAGUCCCUCCAGAGGCUCCCCUGGGAAGGACUGCAUUGCCAUACGGGAUGGCACCUUUGCAUGGUCCCAGGAGAGCCCUCCCUGCCUGCACAGGUCCCUGGGGCUGCAGGGUGGAGGGUGGACUACAGGAGAUGGACAGGAGCAGAGGCAGAACAGCAUGAACCAUCUUCACAGGAUCAACCUCACUGUGCCCCAGGGCUGUUUGCUGGCUAUUGUGGGCCCAGUAGGGACAGGGAAAUCCUCCCUGCUCUCCGCCCUCCUCGGGGAGCUGUCAAAGCUAGAAGGGUCCGUGAGCAUCCAGGGUCCGGUGGCUUACGUGCCUCAGGAGGCCUGGGUCCAGAACACCUCAGUGGUGGAGAACGUGUGCUUCCGGCAGGAGCUGGACCUAUCCUGGCUGGAGAGGGUGCUGGAGGCCUGUGCCCUGGGGCCAGAUGUGGACAGCUUUCCUGCGGGCAUUCACACCCUAAUUGGGGAGCAGGGCAUGAGCCUCUCUGGGGGCCAGAAGCAGCGGCUGAGCCUGGCCCGGGCUGUGUACAGAAAGGCUGCCGUGUACCUACUGGAUGAUCCCCUCGCAGCCCUGGAUGCGCACGUUGGCCAGCAUGUCUUCAACCAGGUCAUCGGGCCCAGUGGGCUGCUCCAAGGAACAACACGGAUCCUCGUGACCCACGCACUGCACGUCCUGCCCCAGGCUGAUCGCAUCGCGGUGCUGGCAGACGGCUGCAUCACAGAGGUGGGCUCCUACCAGGAACUGCUCCGCAGGAAGGGGGCGCUGGUGGCACUUCUGGAGGGAGCCAGACAGUCCGGCGGUGGAGGAGACAGAGAAGCACAACCUGCAGCCAGCACCAGUGACCCUGGAGGCAGAAGGCCUGACCACAGAUCAGAGAGGUCCAUAAAGCCAACCCCUACAAGGGGCGGUGGCAUCUCAGAAGCCCAGGCGGCAGCUGCUCUAGAUGGUCCCAGGGGGACAGGACAGCCAGGUGGAGAGGGCAGUGUGCAGUACGGCCGGGUGAAGGCUGCCAUGUACCUGAGCUACCUGCAAGCCGUGGGCAUCCCCCUCUGCACCUACACGCUCUUCCUCUUCCUGUGCCAGCAAGUGGCCUCCUUCUGCCGGGGCUACUGGCUGAGCCUGUGGGCGGAUGACCCAGUUGUGGACGGGCAGCAGAUGCAGACGGCCUUGCGUGGUUGGGUCUUUGGGCUCCUCGGCUGUCUCCAAGCCAUUGGACUCUUUGCCUCCAUGGCCGCAGUGUUCCUGGGCGGGGUCCAGGCGUCCAGCCUGCUCUUCCAGAGGCUCCUGCGGGAUGUGGCUCGGUCUCCCAUUGGCUUCUUUGAGCGGACACCUGUUGGAAACCUGCUAAACCACUUCUCCAAGGAAAUGGAUACGGUGGACGUGGAAAUCCCGGACAAGCUCCAGGCCCUGCUGACUUACACCUUUGGACUCCUGGAGGUCUGCCUGGCAGUGAUGACAGCCACACCCCUGGCCAUCGUGGCCAUCCUGCCACUGAUGCUCCUUUACGCUGGGUUUCAGAGCCUGUACGUGGCCACUUUGUGCCAGCUGAGACGCAUAGAGUCAGCCAGCUACUCAUCCGUGUGCUCCCAUGUGGCCGAGAUGUUCCAGGGCAGCGCAGUGGUCAGGGCAUUCCAAGCCCAGGACCAUUUUGUGGCUCAGAGUGACGCUCUCAUGGACAUGAACCAGAGGGUCAGUUUCCCACGCCUGGUGGCUGACAGGUGGCUCGCUGUCAACCUGGAGCUCCUGGGGAAUGGCCUGGUGUUCGUGGCUGCCAUGUGUGCUGUACUGAGCAAGGCCCACCUCAGUGCUGGCCUUGUGGGGUUCUCUGUCUCAGCCGCCCUGCAGGUGACCCAGACCCUGCAGUGGGUGGUUCGAAGCUGGACAGACCUGGAGAACAGCAUGCUGUCGGUGGAGCGAGUACAGGACUACGCUCACACGCCCAAGGAGGCGCCCUGGACGCUGCCCGCCUGUGCAGCCCGGCCGCCCUGGCCUCGAGGCGGACAGAUUGAGUUCCGGGACUUCGGGCUGCGACACUGGCCAGAGCUGCCGCUGGCUGUGCGGGGCGUGUCCUUCCAGGUGCACGCAGGAGAGAAGGUUGGCAUUGUGGGCAGGACAGGGGCUGGGAAGUCUUCCCUGGCCGGGGGCCUGCUGCGGCUCCAGGAGGCAGCCGAGGGCGGCGUCUGGAUCGACGGGGUCCCUAUCACCCAGGUGGGGCUGCACAUGCUGCGGUCCAGGAUCACCAUCAUCCCGCAGGACCCCGUGCUCAUCCCCGGCUCUCUGCGGAUGAACCUGGACCUGCUGCAGGAGCACUCAGAUGACGCCAUCUGGGCGGCCUUGGAGACAGUGCAGCUCAAGGCCUUCGUGGCCAGCCUGCCCGGGCAGCUGCAGCACGAGUGUGCGGAGCACGGCGAGAACCUGAGUGUGGGCCAGAAGCAGCUCCUCUGCCUGGCACGGGCCCUUCUCCGGAACACCCAGAUCCUCAUCCUGGAUGAAGCCAUGGCCGCAGUGGACCCGGGGACGGAGCUCCAGAUGCAGGCAGCCCUCGGGCACUGGUUCGCCCGGUGCACCGUGCUGCUCAUCGCCCACCGCCUGCGCUCCGUGAUGGGCUGCGGCAGGGUGCUGGUCAUGGACAACGGGCAGGUGGUGGAGAGUGGCAGCCCAGCCCAGCUGCUGGGCCAGCAGGGACUGUUUUACAGGCUGGCCCAGGAGUCGGGCCUAGUCUGAGCUGGGUCUCUCCACUGUCCCCGGCUGGGUCAGCUACAGAUCCUGCUGUGCCUGGAGAAGCCAGUGACCCAGGCUCUUCGUGGUCCCAGGUAGUGUCCUGGUCUCUGAGAGGAAAAUAGCAAAGAAAGCGUCUGAGUAUCACCAAUGUAAGGCCCAGGAUACGGCCAACCCCAGGCUGACCUGGGCAAGGCCCGUGCUGCCCCGUCCACCCUGGAGCCAGCGUCAACAGUGGCUCUCAGUCCUGGUGGCUUACAGGUCUCACGUGGCUGACAGUACUAUGCCCCGGAUGCAUUAAAUCGGAAUUCAUGGGGCUGGGGCAAUGGCGCGUGUACUUUUUCCAAAUUAACCUUGAGCUAAUCAUAGAUUCAUAUGCAGUUUUAUGAAACUGGUGGGGUGGGGCAUGCCUGUAAUCUCAGUUCCUUGGGAGGCUGAGACAGGAGGACUAGCUAGGGCAACUUAGUGAGACUCUAGGAUUUACAAGGGGCUGAGGGUGCAGCUUGGAGGUAGAGUACUUGGCUUGCAGCACGUGGCCCUGGGUUCAAUCCCCGGUACCACAAAACCAAGCCAAACCAGAGAUCUCUGGUGCCCUCGACCCUGUUUCUCCCAGUGAUGACAUAGUGUAAAACUCUAGGGCAAGAUCACAAGCAGGACACAGACAUUAAUAAAACCACCCAUCUUCAACACAAGGACUCAAGUUCGCUCCCCGGUACCAAAAAACAAACCCCACCCAUCUUGUUCAGCUUGGCUCGUGUGCUUAUUUGCAUGCACAAGGAUUUAGUUCUAAGUGUUUGGCCAUGGAGGUUUGUGCACACACAGCCCUCUGCCACCCCCACAACCUCAGAUUGGGUCUCUGUCAUGGCACUUUUUUUUUCUGGUACCAGGAAUCGAACUCAGAACUUUGCAUUUGCCAGGCAGGGCCCGGUGCCGCCAAGCUGCAUCCUGGCCCAUCUUUGUAUAGAGGUUUAAGCUUCUCCUAGGUCUCCAGCAUGCAGCCAGGACUGAGGAAGGCCGCCCGGUGCCUGCUGCUGCCCCUCUGCCCCUGUAGAGGAGCUCCCGGGAGCCUCUUAUCUGGUGUGGACACAAGCCAGGUGCCUUCACCCCUCACAGAGAAGGGGCUCUCUGGGCAAAGCAGGUAUGUGCAUGGAUUCAGUCCCCAACACAAGAGAGGCGGGUGGCAGGACACUCUGCCCAGGACUCUGCACAUCUCAGGGAUGUGGUUGCUAAAUUCCAACUCCAUUCUGUGGGUGCCCCUGCAGCCAUCAGCACCCUAAAUGAUUCGCCCACACUGCUGCCCUGGAGACUGCUGAGAGUUGAGCACUUGCUGUAACCAGGGAUGACCAAUGCAUGGCUCACUACUGCUCGGGCCUGUCCAUGACAGGGGUCAGAAAUCGAGCAUGGGCUCAUAAGACCAGCUUCAGGCACCAGGAAAGAAGAACUAAGAGUCCAGAAGAGCCAAGCCUAAGGGUGUGCGUGCGCGUACACACACACACACACACAGGUGAAGGGCAGCAAGAGGAGUCAGUUGGGUCCCUCAACGCUCCCGAUGCCAGCUCGGAACUUCUCACUGGCUGCGUGGCCCUGCUGCACAGUUAAGACACGCUGCACACAGCAGUAUUUGGGGAGGCAGAGGAGACAAGCCAGGCUGUCUCAGGCCUGUCACCAGGGACACACAGGGGAGGACAGUUCCCGUGAGGAAUUGCAUAAUUCUGUCCACCGCAGCAUGUUUAGCAGUAUCGCGGACUCUACUCCUCCGAGGCAGGAGCAGGCCAUGCCCAUCUGCAGUUGUGACGAAGAUGGUUCCACACAGUGGCAUGAAGCCCCUGGGGGUCGAAUCACCAGUCUAACCGGCCCCACUAUUGUACCUAACCUGCUGAUAGACAGGCAGUGGCUGUGCUGGCUUUGGGCAGAAGCCUCCAGGACACAGGGCUGGCUCUGCUCUGUCCAGGCCGUGGCCCCUCUCUGGUGGCCCAUCCCGAUGCAGGCUUUGGAGGUCCCCUCAUCCCUGGGUAAUCUAGACCCAAUGGAGCUUCUCCACCCCCCUUUCAGAGAUGUGGCCAGCAGCUCAUUUGCUGGAUUCAUCCAACAAGAGGAGAGAGUACCCCUUAGCUCCUCCAUCUUUGUGCUCCCCACAAAGCAGUAGACCGUUCCUACCAAACCCAGGCGGGUCCACUGGCACACAGGACAUGGGUUGCCAGGGCCCCAGCUAUAAGGGGCAGAGCAGGGAUUCACUCCUGGAUCUAUACCGCAAAGCUCAACCCACUGAUGGGCGCCUCCAGGCUUUAGAGAAAGGGAAGCUGUCAGAUGCAGCACAGCUUCUCUGCCCACAGCCGAGCUCCUGGCAUCCUCUGUAGAGGGACCAUGGCCAGAGGCUGCCAGAGUCUGGCACACUCAGCUGAGUUCACUCCAGGGCCACCAGAGUCUCUGUCAUGGACCAGCACUGGCCAGCAAGUGGGAGCCAGCACCUUCGUCAGUGCUAACAGGGCUGCUGUUGGGCUGGCACCACAGCGCCCUGGGCGCUCUCUAGGCCAUCAAACCCCUGCGAUGGGCUCUGCCAACAGGGCCUGGCUGGAGGGAGGAGCCCAAGUUAGCGCCAGCAAGGGUGCGCACAGCUGUCUCUGGUGACUGCCUCACAGCUUUGCAACCUCACCUGCGCCCUCUCUCGCCUGGGUGCCACUCAGUGGAUCCUGGCAGGAGGUGGGCACCACCGUGUGGGCCCCACCAGGACCUUGGAGGAGGAUGGCACUACGGCUGCACCCCUUAGACAGAUGAGCGGACAGACAGCCUUUAGUGAGCAGGCAGCUCUACCCAGCAGACUGGUGGCAGAAUGCCUGUCCUAACCACGGAGUUGCCCUGCCUCCUCUUGGGCUAGGAUCUCAGCCCAUGACAAGAGUCACUUCCGCUCUAGAAUCCCACCCGGAGGACAGGGGGGAACAUGCUUCCUGGCCUCCUUGAGCGAGGGACCUGGGCAGGUUUGUCCAGCGUACUUCCCCUGCACCGGCACCAUGCACAGGUUCCACAGGCGCUAUGUGGCGGGAGGGAGCAACGAGGGACAGCCACCCAACGCUGCACAGGUGUCCUUGGCAGGCGAGGUGCCGAGUGCCUUACCUGGUCUGCUUCUGUCCUCACCAAACCUGGCCAGGAGCUGUGAUGAUCCCAGGUGCAUGACGGAACCCACAGCUCCUGAAGGGCGAGGCUGAGGCACCCAGGCUCCCGGCGCACAAUCUCCCCAUUAGGGUAGGCCCUGGAGGAGGGUCUGAGCCAAGAUCCAACACGGAAGUCCCCUGCUCACCUGCAGCUGCCAUCCCGAGACAAACAGGACAGGAGCGAGCUGGGCUGGCCUGCGUGAGUGGGAGCCAGGCAGGGCUGUGCCAGCAGGAUGGAGGGAGGAGCUGACAGCUCCCAGGAAGGCAACGUCGGCAGGGCCUUGAGGGUGGGAGACCGCUGCGGAAGCCUCGCACGGACACAAGGGAGAGGGGACAGUGGCAGUGAUGGGGAAGGGGCAGUAGUGGGAUUCUGGGUUGUUUCGGAGAAAGAAUUUGCCACAGAACCGGUUUGAGGGACAGGCGCUGGAAGCAUCAGGCCCAGUCUUUACCGCCCUCGGCCAGGGGCCCUUCCAAGGAAAGAGCUUUGCCAACAGAAAGCCAGGGCAGGGCACACAGUAGGGGCACAAAGCUGACGCCGCCCUUGCUCCCUUCAUCACUGAGGCACUUACCUGGGAAGGGCUACUGACCCUGUGUUGGCGUGGAAUAGACCUAUGCUCCUCUCCCAAGUGUCUGUAGCCUGACACUGCAGCGCGGCCCUGCCCACCCUAAUACAGAGGGAUAUGCCAGGGUGAUGGUGGCCGUGUGGCAUCUCUGCCUUCGACCUGAGGUGGAUCACACGUUCCAAAGCGUCACCACUCAACUUUGUGACAAUCACAGCCUGUGAAGUCAUUCUGACCAGCCCCACUGUACGAGAAGCAGCGACUGAGCACCCGGCCUAAGUGACUUGCCCAGGGUCACACAACCAACAAAUGAGGGCAGGACUCAGGUCUGUCCAAUCCCUGCACCUCACCGUGCUGCCUCCUUGCCCAGCCCCACCCCACCCAUGAUCUUAGCACCCCCACGGUUUUUUUUGGUACCGGAGAUCGAACCCAGGUCCUCAGCUCGCGAGGCAGGCGGUAGAACAGCACCCCCAUUCCUGACAAGGGCACAUCACAGACCUCCCAUCGGCCACAUCCGGAUUCUACCAGAGAAGGCUGAAUCCUCUGCUGAUGCUUGUAAGAAGCCGGAACAAUUGUUUAGAAAGAAAUCAUUUUUUUUUUUUACUGCAAAUGUUUGCUUCCAGUGUAAGUCAUUACAAAAAGAUCCCCAAGAAAAACGUGGGUUUUCUAACCUGAAAUGAUGGUAUAACUUACAAAAAAUAAAUAUAUAUUUCCACCUAAAAA